AUAACCACCAAUACAUCCAACACAAACGCCACUACUCCAAACAUAACCACCACUUCUCCCACCUCACUUAUCACUUCUCCCAACACAACCACCACUACUCCCAACAAAACCACCACUACUCCCAACACAGCCACCACUACUCCAAACACAACCACCACUCCUCCAAACACAACAACCACUACUCCCGCUACAACCACCACCACUCCCAACACAAACACCAAUACUCCCAACACAAACACCAAUACUCCCACCACAACCACCACUACUCCCGGCACAACUACCACUACUCCCAACGCAACUGUCACUACUCCCAACACAACCACCACUACUCCCGCCACAACUAUCACUACUCCCACCGCAACUAUCACUACUCCCAACACAACCAUUACUACUCCCAACACAACCACCACUACUCCCAACACAACCAACACUACUCCCAACACAACCAGCACUACUCCCACCACAACCACCACUACUCCAAACACAACCACCACUACUCCCAACACAACCACUACUACUCUCCACAAUCACUCUUACUACCAACAUAAACAUCAGUACUCCCAACGCCACCACCAUACUUCUAACACAUUCGACACUUCUUCCGCCAUAACUAACACCACUGCAACCAUGACCACUACUACCAGUACCUCAACUACUGUCAUCGCCACCACUUCUCGCAAUACCACCAUUAUUCCAAUUAGCACUAAUACUCCAAUCAGCACCAGUGCAGCAACCAUCACCACUAUUGCCAACACCACCACUAAUAUCACCAAUACCACUACGACCACCAUAACCAUGACGACGACGUUGCUUCCUUUAACUUCGACCAAUGCACAUGCAUCGGCCAUCUCCACAUUGAUAGCACCGACGGCAUCCGCCCUAUGUUUCCCACUGUCCACGCCUGGAAAUGGGACAAUGGAAAGCAACGGCAACGUGAUGACGUUUAAAUGUAACCAUGGUUAUGUUCUGUUCGGUGAACCUGCAUUGGUGUGCCAAGCAGGUUCGUGGAACGGAAUAAAGCCGCUAUGUUAUGAAGCGCUUUGCGACCCAAUCUGGUGGCCUUCCAACGGAUUGGUAUCAACGGUAGGUAAAGUGGCAAUCUUCACUUGUCACCCUGGCUACUGUUUGUACGGCAAUCAGACCCGGGUAUGCAGCGUAGGCCAGUGGAAUGGCAGUAAUCCCGCGUGCCUUCUACCGCGUAAGUAG